AUGCGUCCUGUUUCAUCAAAUGGAGCACCUCAAACCACUAGUGAUCCUGCAUAUGUCGCGUAUAUUAAUGGAGAUUACAAGAAAGCUCUUGAUCUGUUGAAUAGUUUAAAGGGACAGACCGACAAUCCAUAUGAACUUCGUCGACUGCUCACUAACAUAAAGUUAUGUGAGUGUCGUAUGAAUGGAUUGUUGUUUUCGACCUAUUAUGGAGAUGGGUUGCUGGAAUUAUUCCCAGAACUGAGGUCACCAAAAGGGCGAACUUUGAGUAGUCAAUCAGAAGCAUUUGCAGCAUUCAACUUAGCUCUGAAUGCCUUCGCUAGAGGGAAUCGUAAAACCGCAAUUGACCUCCUCCACUGUAUACUCACUUUACGUGGCCUUCCUACUAAACUUUUUCUCGUCGUUUCUUUGCUGGAGAUCGAGAUGAGUCUGACAUUCUGUCAGCCAAAAUUGGCGUUGAAGUUAGCGUUAAGACUGCGUGAAAACACUACUUGGAAGAGAGCUGAUGCAUCGGAAAAAGAUUAUCUAGAAUGUCUUGAACAGAGAAUUCGUUGUCGCCUUGCACAGACAGCUUCUUCCACUGAUGGUUUACAGAAAACUGGUAAGCUUCACUGGUGCCUUCUUCAAUCGGAACUUGAUGUUAAAAACGGUAAUGCAUUACGUGCUUUCAAUCGUCUACGGAAAUUUCGACCUCCGCUGUCGGACGAGGAACGACGGUUGGUAGACAACGCUAUGGGUUGUGUUUACGCGCUAUCAUUCAAAAAGCCGGCAGCAGCAGAGUCGUAUUUUAGAUCUGCUAUGUUUUGUGGAGAACAACAGAACAACGGAGGUAGGUCUGUAAUUCCACGUCAUUGCCUCAUAUAUCACGCUGCUCUUGCACAACUUCAUUCGAAUCAACCGGAAUCUGCCUUCAAUCUUUUUCUUUCAAUUCUACCGUAUUAUUCUCGCCAGCCACGUAUAUGGUUACGGCUUGCGGAGUGUUGCAUUUAUGCGCUUACCAAACCGAGUAGCGCAGAGAAAGUUGGAGGAGCUAAUUAUCCUAAUGAAAUUGUCUCUCAUCUUUCUGGUAAAGGGUCACAUGUACAAAUUGCUUUUUCAACAACUCAUGCUAACCCCAAGGCAGGUAGUGAGAGGCCAGAUCUUUAUUUGUCUUCGUCAAUUAGUUGGGGUUUCGCAUCUCAUUGCGUUCGCAAUGCUCUCUUGUUUUCCGGCCUUGAACGGGACUGCGGAUAUUUGUUGCCAUGGUUGUAUACAGCUUCUGCUUUUAUAAAUAUCAAUCUUGGGAGGCCUGGCCUUGCUCUGCGUGCUACUCGCCAUCUUUUUAGUUUGACUCAGGUGUCUCCUCAUCAUAAGUUUAUGGCCGUUCUUUACAAGACUGAAGCUUUGCUCCUGCUUGAUCGCGUCGAGGAAGCACAACGAUGUUUAGACGAGGCAAUUCCAUUACAGUCUAUCCCUCUCACUGCAUCGACUCUCAUGUACAACAGAGCUUUGCUGCAAGGGUUCACUGAAAACUUUACAAAAUCACAUGCUAUUUAUUCUUUGAUGAAUGCUGCUCGCGAUAUUCCUUUUUCUAAUCAGGUUGUACUACUGGGGAUUUAUGUUAAUAUGAGGCUUGGAAAAGUAGCUGAAGCGAAACGUCUUGUCGAAGAACAGAUUGGGAAAAAAUUGUUUAUUGGACAGACUUGA